GACAUUGAAUGUCACAUCUUUCAUCAUUGUUUACUUAUUUGCUAUUUUAUCUAUUUAUUCGAGUGUUCUUGUAUUUAGUACAUUAUUUGUUAUUUUGAUAUAGGUUUACUGCAAAAUGAGUCGCAACAUGGAUUUGUAUAAAGACUGCGCACAUAUAAAAAGGUCGCGUCCAAAAGAAGUGAUUGAUGAAGCUCUCAACAAGAAAAUAGCAGAAGAUUACAGGACGCUGCCCACUUUCGAGAAGACAUCUUUCGAGAUCAUGCACAUCAAACAUUAUUCUCUCGAGAACAAUGAGCUGUUGAGGUGCCGGUGGAUACAGUACAAGAGGCAUAUUGAAGAGAGGGUCUUUGCGCCAUUUGCUUUUUACGAUAUUCGAGACCUGCACUUCUACAAUGCGGCGAUACGAUUCAUGCCUUCAGUGUCGACGUUUCGCUUAGAACACCGCAUGAAGUUAAAACCAGGCCCUGGAGUAGACCAGAAGGGACAAAUGCCGAUUCCUCAGGAACUCCUCAUGAAGCGAGGAAUAAGUCAGAAGGACCAACCAAAAAAUAAGAUCAACAAAUUAACUGCGAAGAAAGGAAUGGCAGAUUUGAGAAGACGCAAAUAAGGAAUUAAAGUAACACGAAUUAUGGCUAUUUAUUGACGUCAAGUUUAAUUUUCAUUUUAAGUAGUUUUUAUAUUUAUUUAAUUUAGUAAUAAAUAUUUAAUUCAUCGCCCCUAGCUUACGUUUCAGGGUCCGUUUACCUAACAUAAAGAUUUGACAGGUCCAGUUUUUUACAGUUCGAAGCGACGUUUAUACGAAACGCUGUCUCCCGGUAGUAUUUAUGAUCUGUGCCCAGUACAAAAUUUAAGACAACAGGCCUGAGAGAUGAAAUCGUUAAUAUUACUUAUCAGAUUUCUAUGUUUUAUUUAAAUUAUUUAAUGUUUUCCUCCACCUCCACCAACCCGCAUUGGAGCAGCGUGGUGGAGUAUGCUCCAUACCCCCUCCGGUUGAUUGAGGGGAGGCCUGUGCCCAAAUAUGGUCUGUGCAGCAGUGGGACGUAUAUAGGCUGGUUAUGUAUGUUAUGUAUGUAUUUUGAGCCGUAGUAGCUCAGUUGGUAGAACGGUUGCCUCUCACUUUGAGGUUGCAGGUUCGAAUCCAGCACUGGCCUAAAUCAAUGAUUGUCGAAUGUGUUUUCGAAUUCAUGUUUCAUAAUAAAUGAUUAUAUAUCGUGAGGAUAUGUGACCUAACUUGUAUUGGACUGGUUUUCCCUUCGCGGGUUGGAAGGUCAGACAGGCAGUCGCUUCUGUAAAAACCGGACCUGUCAAAUCUUCAGGUUAGGUAAGCGGACCCUGUGAAAAACGAAACAAUGCUAUGGAGAUGAUAAUGAUUUGGAUUGUUUAUUUUAGGUAAAUAUAUACCAAAAUAAGUUAAGGUUUUGUUAAAUUUAACAUUUAUUAAUAAUAUUGAGCGUUAGUACUAUUUUAGUUGAUAGCAACUAAAAAAUUAAAUAAGUAGAUAUAGAUCUACUUAUUUAAUUUUUAAUUUAAUCAUAUUUUGGAAUAAUUUAAUGAAUACGUCUUUAAUGAACAAUUAAUUUAAUUUUAUACUUAAUGUUAAUUGCUAUGUUAUUUUAUUAUACUACUUUAUAUGC